AUGAAAAAUAGUUUAGGUACUACACAUUCUGGUGGUUAUCAUCAUAAUUCAGUUGUAUAUGCAUUAAAAGAUUGCAGUUAUCGAAUGAUCGACACUGCUAAACGAUAUGGUGUUGAAAGACAAAUUGGUCUUGCUAUUAAGGAAUCGGGAAUCCCUCGAUCAUCGAUAUUUCUCGCCACAAAACUAUGGCCAGUUGAUCUCGGAAAUUCCGCUACUCAUAUGGCAUGUAAACGUUCUUGUGAAUUGCUAGGAACUGAUUAUCUUGAUCUCUACAUGAUUCAUUUGCCCGUUGUUCCAAACUGGUUUACUAAACCACGAGAAAUUCAGGAAGAAACAUGGCGAGCACUAGAACAUCUUUAUGAUGAAGGCAUUCUUUUUAAUUCACUAUCCUCUAUAAUGAUGUAUAAUUCACUGAAUCUAGUAAAUCAUAUUGAGUUUUUUUCAGGCUCGAUAAAAGCAAUUGGUGUUUCUAAUUAUUCAGAAAACGAUCUCGAUGAACUUCUGGAAUAUUGUAGCAUAAAACCACAUGUAAAUCAAUGUGAAUUUCAUGUUUGUUACAAUAACAAACUGCUUAUUGAGUAUUGUCGAGAUGAAAAAAUCGUAUUUACGGGUUAUUGUCCACUUGCAAAGGGAACUAUUCUAAACGAGGAAGUGAUUAAUGCAAUAGCGAAGAAGCAUAAUAAAAGUGCGGCUCAAAUUUGUAUCAAGUGGUCUGUUCAGCAAGGAAUUCCAGCUAUUCCAAAGAGUCGAAAAUUUGAAAGAAUUGCUGAGAAUUGUCAGAUAUUCGAUUUCUUACUGGACUAUGAAGAUUUUAAUUUGCUGUCGACACUUCCAUCAAAGAAAGUGAUCCGACUUCAUAAUCUUCAGGAGAAAUUUUUAUAUUCUGAUGGCUACAAACUUCAAGAACAGCCUCUUAGCAUUCCUGAGCUACCAAACUAUAUCAAUGAUUUUUCGGGUAGUGAUCCUAGUUUUCUUUCCACUUCUCUGUCAAAUUCAACAGGAUUAGUGGCAUGA